GCAACGGUUAGUUUGAAAAAAGUGCUGAUCAGUGGAUAGUGUGAUUUGUAUUUAUUUAUAAUUUUAUUUUUAAUAACUUUUAUAAAGUUAUUUAGUACUCAAUUAGUAUUAGUAGUUAAUAAUUUAUCAGAAAUGGAAGCUGAGAAACUGAAACCUGCUGCGUUUGCAACGCAAGUCAUUGCUGCCAUGGCAAUUGCCUACCUCACCUCCCUGACCGGGUUCAUCUCAGCGUGGCCCUCCUACACGGUGACCAACUUCAUGUCGAACGACACCCAUCUAUCAGCCCCGAUGACCCCGAUCCAGAACUCGCUUCUGGGCAGCCUGCCCAACGUGGGGGCGCUGAUCGCGACGCCGCUGUGUGGGUAUGCCAUGGACAAAUUGGGCCGGAAAUAUGCGGCGAUGCUGUUCGGACUGCCUUAUGUGUUGUGCUGGGCCAUCAUCAUCCUCACAGACAACGUGCACCUCAUCCUGUUCGCGAUGGGCGCGGUGGGGUUCGGCGCGGCGGGGCAGGCCGUGUCAUCAGUGUUUAUCUGUGAGAUCGCCCAUGACUCCAUCCGGGGCGGGCUGGCUUCCUUCUGCGUUUCUGGCUACUACGUGGGCAUCCUAGUGUCGUACGUGUUGGGCGGGCGGCUCCCAUACCGCGGCGUGCUGCGCGCGCACCUCGCGCUGUCCGCGCUGUACCUCGCGCUGCUGGCGCUGCUGCGGGAGUCGCCUGUGUACCUCAUGCAGCGGGGGCGGGAGAAGGAAGCGAUGGAGUCGAUAAAGUUCUACCGGCGGUAUUCCAUCACAUCUAAAGAGAUGGCGCAUGAGAUCGCCAAACUUAAGCAGGCGUUGGACCCGUGUCUAGACAAGAUACUGCGCGGAGAUGAAGAGAUAGAAGUGGUGGAGGAGCUGUUGAAGAACUACAAGAGCCAGGGCAAGGUGACCACCCUGGGCGGGUCCACCGCCAGCCAGCAGACUACCGCGUGGAGGUUUCUGUGGGAAUCCAAAUCCUCCAAGCGAGCCCUCCUCACCGUCAUAGUCCUGAUGUCUCUCUCCAUCCUCAUGGGGUCCCUGGCGCUGCAGAUCUACGCCGAGCCGCUGAUGAGAGAGGCAGCCCCAUCAGUGCCGUCCAACCUGGCGACUAUACUGUUAGCUGUGGAUCUGUUGAUAGCCAGUCUGAUCUGCGGGGUUGUGGUUGAGCGGUAUGGACGAAAGCCCCUCAUGACCUACUCAGCCCUAACCUCUGCAGUCUUCGCGCUGCUCCUGGGAGUACAACUCCAGCUGAACUUCUUCUCUCACUGGGUGACGGUGGGCAUCAUCUACGGAUACACCUUCGCGUACACCAUCGGAGCUGCCACUGUGCCGUUUAUUCUGACUGCUGAGGUGUUCUUGCCUGAGGUCCGAGGUCUCUGCAACAGCAUCUGCAUGGGCUGCAUGUGGCUGAUGAACUUCGUGAUCGUGGUAGUCUUCAACCUGUCGGUCCCUGUCUUCGGGCUCGGCAUGGUCUUCUGUUUCUUCGCACUCGUCUGCUUCAUCGGCGCCGUGUAUAGCCAUCUCUGUCUGCCGGAGACCAAGGGGCUGUCGACUGACGAGAUCCAGUUCCAGUUCUACAAGCAGAAGAAGAGGAAGAGUCUUGCCGCGUGAGAGGGAUGGCUAGUUGUGUAAAGGACUUAUGGAAAUGAGAUAGUGAUAUUUUUGGUUGUUGCGGUUGGGUUUUACUCAGAUGUGGGCGCAUUUGUAGCGCCUUAGUUUAGAUGUAGAGCUAAGGCUCUUAAACUACUCAUUUUUUUGUAUUAUAUUGUUUACUUGUAGUUGAACGAUCAACUAGGUAUUAACAUAAUGAUAGCGUAUCGAAGUGUUCUUAGUUCUUAUUGUAAGUUAUUCAUAGUAAUUAAUUAAUUUAAGUUAGUUUUAAGUAGUUAAAUGAACUGAAUUUUGAAAUUAUAUUUAUAUUCACUGCCUGUGGCAGUACAUUUUA